CAACAUGGAGUACAAUGCUGGAGCUGAACGAGAGCAGAGAUCCAGUUCCUGUUCACAGAGGGAAAUGGCCCAGACAAGACAAGAGACGUUCUUCUGUUCCAUCUGUCUAGACCGACUGACGGAUCCAGUGACUGUAUCCUGCGGACAUGGCUACUGCAUGAAGUGUAUUAAAACAUACUUGGAUGAAGAGGAUCAGGAGAAAACCCACAAGUGUCCACAGUGUAGAAAGGUCUUCACACAGAGACCUGUCCUGCGGAAAGAUACUGCGUUAGCAGGUUUAUUAGAGGAGCUGACAAUAAUUGGAGGCACUGCUCCACAGAAGAAGCCGAGGGAGAACAUCUGCUCCCCUCACAAUGAGGUGAUGCAGCUGUUGUGGCAGACUGAUCAGUGUAGAGACCACAACACUGACUCAGCUGCAACAGAGAGGACUGAGAGGCAGAGAGUGAAAGGGAGUCGUCUGAGGAUCCAGCAGAGGAUCCAGGACAGACACGAGGAGGUGAAGCUGCUCCAGCAGGAGGUGGAGGCCAUCGGCCGCUCUGCUGAUCAGACGGUCGAGGACAGUGAGAAGCUCUUCACUGAGCUGAUCCGUCUCCUGGAGCAGAGAAGGUGUGAGGUGACGCAGCGGAUCAGAUCCCAGCAGGAAACUGAAGUGGGUCGAGUCAAAGAGCUGCAGGAGAAGCUGGAGCAGGAGAUCGCUGAGCUGCAGAGGAAGGAGGCUGAGCUGGAGCAGCUCUCACACACACGCCAUCACAUCCAGUUUCUACACGGCGACCCGUCACUGUCAGCGCUGAGUGGACCCACACACUCCUCCAGAACCAACAGCCGCCCUCUGAGAUACUUUGAGGACGUGACAGCAGCCGUGUCAAAGCUCAGAGAGCGACUACAGGAGGUUCUGAGGGAGAUGUGGGCCGAGGUCCCACUGUCAGUCACUGAAGUGGAUGCUUUACUACCUUCGUCAGACCUGAAAGCAAAGCUCGAAACCAGAGCUGAUUUCCUCCACUAUUCCUGCCAAAUCACACUGGAUCCUCACACAGCACACACGUACCUGUUACUAUCUGACGGCAACCGAAAAGCCACUCUGAUGAGCAAACAACAGUCUUCCUCUGGUCCCUCAGAGCGGUUCUCCUACUGGCAGCAGGUUCUGGGUCGGCAGGGUCUGAUGGGGCGCUGCUACUGGGAGGUGGCCUGGAGAGGGACGGGUGUCUACAUCGCCGCGUCCUAUGGCAGCAUCCACAGACAGGGACACGUCAAUCUACAGGGAUUCGGGAGAAAUGACAAAUCAUGGGCUUUACUGUGUUACAUGAACUCUUACAGUUUUUUGUACAACAAUUGCAAAAGUUCUGUGUCUGGUCCCGUGUCCUCCAGAAUCGGAGUGUACCUGGACCACAGAGCAGGGGUUCUGUCCUUCUACAGUGUCUCUGGAACCAUGACUCUACUCCACCGAGUCCAGACUACAUUCACUGAGCCGCUCUAUGCCGGAGUUUCACUGAUUUACAAUGGAGAUACUGCUGAGUUCUGUAUGUUCAAACCUGGACCCACCACAGACACAAUCAUCUGACUGGUGUCGAUCAGAACUCUAAUGGUCACAACCACAGACAAGGAGGAUUUUCCUCCAGAGAUUCCUGUGAAACCAAUUAAUGCAGCGAGGCACAGAAGCUGCUUUAGUAAUAAUCAGUGAAUAGUUGAAAGCUGAUGAAUACGUUUCUACAUGUUGACACUCAGAAGAAGCUACUGUAGAAUAUUGAAUAUAGAAUAUAACUUAAUAUAAGUUAUGACGUGAAUAAAACAGCUGAUUCAGGAGUUUUGUCUGUUUUGAGUCCAGAUUCUGAGGCUAAGCUUAGUGUGAAACUAAAAUAGAGUUACAGUAAGCUUAGAGCAGACACGCAGAAUGAAGCAGGAACCUCGGAACGAAGAGUAUCUGUAUGCAAA